UAUCGACGAAGGGGCGGUGAAGAUCUUCAGUCUGGUUGCUGUUCUGGUGGUGGUGUUCGUCCAGCGAGCAGCACGCGUCCCUCCACGUGCCUCGACCUCUGCGAUCCUUCUUCCUUCUGAAUUCCUUUACUCCUUCCACGUCCCCCUCUCGGUACUAAAAUACGACUACGACUACGAAGAUAAUAUCCAAACAGACAGACAGAAGAUAGGUAAAAAUGUCUCUGUGGACGGAAUUUGGUUCAGGUGGUCGCCUUCCGGCCGGAGUACCUGCCGUUUAUGUUUAUUCCUUGGAAUGUGUCGAGUCUGAUCUGCGAAGUGCAACACGUGGAUUCUGAGAGGAAAGACGUGGUUGGGACGGACGGGUUUAUAAAUGGCACCUGCUGCAAGGGGGCUGAUCUCUUUAUUUGAUUGACAAAAAACGGAUUGCCUUUUGCUUGUCACCUCGUUCUCUCUAGUUUCUCGCCAUGGCGGUGUUCUCUGGAAUCGCCCUGGGGCUGCUCCUGGUCAGUAAGCCAGCUGCUGCAGGCUCGUUGAGGGAUAUCAAGCAUGUGGUUCUUUUUAUGCAGGAGAACCGGUCGUGGAAUAGCUAUUUUGGAACCAUGGCUGGUGUUCGAGGCUUCAAUGACCCGAAUGUGCAGGUGAAUGAAGACGGACAGGCGGUUUGGUAUCAAGAGGUCGACUCGGCGCUGUCCAACAAGACCAACUCUCUGCUUCCGUGGUAUCUGGGGUACAAGGGAGGGAACACCACCGACGCGAUUCAAUGUAUGGUGGCAGGAGACAACGGCUAUACCGACAACCAGGCUGCUCUCAAUCAUGGUCUGAACAACCACUGGGCCCGGAAUAACACUCCCUGGAGUUGGGGGUACCUUAAACGUAACGACAUUCCUGUCCAGUUUGCCAUCGCAGAAGGCUGGACAAGUGGUGAUAUGUAUCAGGAAGGACAAAUCACCUCGACAAACCCGAACCGCGUCACUUUGGUGAGCGGUUCAGUCAAUGUUCCUGGUAGCCCCCAGUCCCCGGACCAAGGCGGCGUCUAUAUCGACAACAAUGAGACCCCAGGCUGCGAGAUGCCUCACGUCAGCUGCUAUCCCCUCAAGUGGAAGACAAUCUUCGAGUUCUAUGAAGAAGCCGGGGUCUCCUGGCAGGUGUAUCAGGACACGGAUAACUUUGAUGACAAUCCCCUUGCAUGGUUUGAACAAUACCAGAAUGCCUCCUCGACGUCGCCUCUCCAUCGCAAAGGCAUGACCUACCCGGGACUCGAGGCCUUCUAUGGGGCUGCCGCGAACGGUACCCUGCCUGAAAUCAGCUUCAUUGUCGGGCCUGCUGAGUUGUCGGAACACCCACCGUACAUGCCCAAGGACGGGGCCUGGCUGCAAAAGAAGGUUGUCGAUGCUGUUGUCAACAGCCCGGACUACUCUUCAACUCUAUUGAUGAUUAGCUACGAUGAGUCUGGCGGUUUUGGAGACCAUGUCACUCCUUUCCACUCCCCCAGGAACACUCCAGGUGACUGGAUGGAGGAUCCAUAUGGCCUCUUUGGCGACAUUUUUGUCGGCCCUGGCUUUCGAUUGCCAUUCUACAUGAUUUCGCCCUGGACUCGCGGGAACCGCGUCUUCACCGAGAGAGCGGACCACAACUCGCAGAUUCUCUUCCUCGAAGAAUGGCUGACUGCCAGAGGCUAUCAGAAUAUCAAGACCGAUCAGAUGGUCGCUUGGCGCCGUGAACACAUGUCUAACCUUGUCAAUGCCCUUGAUCUGGACCAUCCUGACUACAGUAUCCCCUACAUCCCUGAAGCCGAGACGCCUGCCACCGAUUCUUCUGGAGCCUGGGUGGGAACCGCGCGCUGCGAGGCCACAUACGCCAACCCUCGCCCACCUGUACCCUAUGGCGAGCAGAGCAAUGUGUCGGAAGCACUUUGGUUUGAAGACGGUUUUAAGGAGUGUGUCGGCUACCUGACGGAAGGUCGCCACUUGGUCUUUGAGAUGUCCGGCUACGCUCUCACCAACACCGGCAACGCAUCGCGAGUGACGGCCAGCCCGGCAAGCUCAAACCAUGGCGCCAUUCAGCAGAGAUGGGUGAUUCACUAUUCGAGUGGCGAGGAAAGCGGGCUAUUCAAGGUCUCCAGCGCGAUCGACGGGAAAUGGCUGGGGCCCAAUGGUGCCCUGCUGCCCGCCAGCGCUGCCAUGCAGGCUGCUGAAGUGAAAUUUACAUUCCUGGGCAACGGUAAGGGAUAUUCGAUGCAGUAUGCCAAUUCGACGCACGGGUGGCUUGAGAUUGGGGCGUGGGGCGAUCUGGCCCUGAAUACCAAUAAUGGGCAACCACAGACUGGCUACAAAAUCUGGAGUGUCACUUAUCAUGACUAA